AUGGCCAAGCCCGAGCCGCGUCUUGGUUGGUGCUUGCAAUAUGUAUCAUUUGAUCAAGGGGUUUUACGAAUACUUUACGAGGAAGAAUUCUCUGUCAUUAUUCUGGGGCUUGAUGGUGCGGGCAAAACGACGUUGCUGGAGAAGAUAAAGACGCUAUACAACGAUACACCUGGUCUUGCACCCGACAAGAUAGGGCCCACUGUUGGUCAAAAUAUGGGCAAGAUCACACUUCCAUCGACCAUCUUGCAGUUUUGGGAUCUUGGUGGACAGCGUGGCAUACGGUCUAUCUGGCACAGAUACUACGAUGACUGCCAUGCUGUUGUGUUCGUUCUGGAUGCGCAGGACAGGGAGAGGCUGGGUGAAGGUUGGGAAGUCUUCGACUCUGUGCUGUCCUCACCCAAGAUCUUGGGAGUACCCCUCCUUUUACUUGCAAAUAAGCAGGACAGCCCGCAGAGCCUGUCUGUAGAGGAGAUCCGAAACGGUUACGAAGAGUGGUACCAGAGUAAACAGGAUGCUGCCCGUCGGCAGUACGGAGAUGAGAUUGAGCUCGAGCAACGACGGGACCGUUUCGCAAGUUUGGACGUCAUGGGAAUAUCUGCCUUGGAAGGAACUGGCGUGCGUGCAGCAGUUGAUUGGCUUUUCAUUCGUGUGCAGAACAGUCGACGUCGAGAUGAACGAGAUGAUGGUAGAUAA